AAAGGUGCCAAAAGGGAUAUGAAAAACUACUAACGGGGACUGUUUAGAUGAGGGGCCUGAAUGCAGUUAAAAUUACUUUGAUACAGAUAAUACUAAAAGUGGCUUAGAUGAGGUACUAAAAGAUGGAGGUAAACAGAAGAGAGAAGCAUGCUUUGUUUUGGGUGCUGGAAUAAGUAACUCGUGAUUAGAGUUGAAAAUGCCACCGUUCAGUUCAGCUGUGCUUGUUUUCAUAGGUCACUGCUGCUCUUUGAAUUAAACCCCAAGCACAGUGCCUUCGGGGGAUGGGACGGAGACGAGGACGACAGUUGCCUUAGCAACAUCAUGUAAACUCAACAGCCCCGUGUAGCAGGAGCUACCCGGAGGAUGUGCCUGCUGAAGAGUCGGCUUCCUUAAUAAGGACUACGUGCUCUGGAGUCAGAAAAACGUGCCGAAAACAAAAUCAAGCUGUGCGUAAUGACUGUCUGAAUUCCUUGCUGUCCAGCAAAGGGAGACAGCUGUGAGCUAAAAAUUAUCUGUAACUUCUCUUUUCUUUGCUGUGCCUCUUCCACGCUUCACUACUGAAGCACCAGAUUGUGGAAGUGUUGCUCUUGAGAAUGCAGAGAAGAUAACGAAAGAAAUGAAUCGGUCAUACAAAGCUCUAGGAAAAAACAGCCAAACAUCACCAACAUCCAGUCCAUGGCCGGAUCAACAAGUGGCAUGUUUUCCAAGUAAAAAUCAGUUAGCCUUACAGAUGAGACAUCACACUUCUUUACCUUUCUCCCUGAAGAAAAAGAAUGGAGGGCAUGGCUUUGACUUUAGCUUUCUGCUACAGGCCGCCUCAUGCCCAGAAUCUAAUGUUUCAAAAUCAUUUAUGGGUUUAAAUGCUUUCCAGAUAAUAAAACCACAAAUACAACAAAGGUUAAAUAUAGCAAUGCUAAAACCCAGGAACAACAGCUCUAAGUUUCAUUUGCCACCCGUGAUGUGUCGGCCUGUAAGAACAAUUCAUCCUGCUCCUCCAGAGGGUAAUAUUGUCAAUGAAAGCUCCCACAUCAGAAAUAUUUUGAAUAUCAUGAACCCUAUUCCUUGGCCUAUAAAGACAGUUACUAAAUUUUAUCAUUAUCAGUUAGACAAUCUAUUAAAAAGGCACACUGAAAAGUCAUCAGACCUGAUUGUGGCUACUAUUUCUGAUGAGUUCACUCCAGUGAAAGACCUGCACUACCUCAGCAUGAGCAAGUAUAACAAAUACCCUACCAACAAGAAAGAAGAAAUUCAAAGCAAUUUAAAAUGGAGGGAAGCUGAUGUAGCAACCCAUACUGAAAAGAAUGACAACAUGAAGUACCAGCUUUUGGUGGCUUGUAAGAGAAUAGAUCUUAUGACCCAAGACAGUUUCUAUGAUGAUAGGCAUCCCUACUUGAGCUCAAAUAAUGCUCUGAUAAACUGUGGAAUAUUUACAGCUCAGACAACAUUUGCAAUGUCAAGCAACAGAGAUGCCUUGAGAGCUGGCAGUGAGGAACGAAGAACAGAGAGUUGCUGUAGAUCUGGUCCAGAAGAAGGAAAUGCUACUGAGGUGCUAGUGGAUUACAGACGACCUGAAGAUGGUGAGAGUGCAAACUUUGUGCUUGACAAUCGUGAUUUAGAUUUUUCCUGUAAAAAUAAAGUGAUAGAGGCCUAUCAUGCCUUAGAAGAUAAUUCUGUAGUUGCAGGAAUUCCCAGAGUAGAAGUGCAAGUUCCUUCUGGAAAACAGACAGAAAAUCACGUUUGUCUCUCUGAAUUUGAAAUGAAAAAAGAAGCAUUGUCAGAAACAACUUCAAAAGACCAAAGUGGGCUUGUACCUGUUGUUCAUGUUACAUUCUCUGAACAAGACCCAGCUAGAGAGCUACACAUUGUUAAACAGCAUCCCACAAAAAAGAGUGUAAUUCGUAGCCUGCCUCCUCAUGUUACUCAGAGCUUCAACAUUCUUGCUCGCAAAGAGAAUGGCAAAAGUAAAAUGAAGAUGAAUAAACCCAAAUAUUCAUCAAAAUCUAAAAUGAGUAGCAAGAUAAAGAUUUCUGAAGACUUAAUUGUUUCUGAUGAGAUUUCCACAAAAUGUAAUGCCAAGAGUCACAUUUUCCCGUCUUUGCAACUGUCACACAUGGAACCUGAGACUUCCCCAAAGCAUCAAAAAAAACCCCCUCAUGCUGACAAAGACCAUUUCGCUCGGAGUGCUCAAAAACUUAUAAAGCACAGUUUCCCCUGCAGUUGCAAAAACUCAGUUAUCUUAAAGAAACCUAUUACUCCCCUUUCUUUACCACAUGCACAAUCUGCUUCAGCUUUUGUAGAUCUGAAAUACAGUGACAUGUUCAAGAAAAUAAAUUCAAAUGACAAAGGCCCAGGUAUUUAUGAAAUGUUUGGAACUCCUGUCUAUGACCAGAUGCGUGAGCUUGAUCAACAUGAUAACAGAUUUUACAGAGAUGUUUGUUCUGCUCCAACUGGGAGAUGCACUGCUAGCAUCUGCAGAUCUACCUGCAGGAAAGGGAGAGAGGGCAGCCGAGUAAGAAAUACUCAAAAGAGAACAUGUUCUAAGCCAAAGAAGACCAUACCUGCCACAAAACAAAAGCAGAAAAGUUUAAUUACAAAGGACAGAAGUACCAAGUUGAGUGACAGCAACACAGAACAAGGUAAUGUAAUAACUUCUGAUUCAGAUGUUCAGAUAAAAACUUCAAGGAGCAUGAUAUUGCUCCAUGAAGACACAGAUCAUCAGCUUAUAUUUUUAGAAGAGCUUUCCAAAUCAACUAAGCAAAAUAAUUUUUUUUCAAAUUCAAACUUAUCAACUAUUAAAGAAGUUUCUUUGGAGCAGCCUGUAGACAGCCAGGGUAUAUCCAGCCAUCAGAGACAUGUUGCCUGUAGCCAGAAUCUUCUGCAGUUUAGUGAUAAAGACUACAAAGACUGUGUUCCUCUAACUAUCAGUCCACUAACAACAGACAAGAACAUUUGUGUACUGCAGCAAAGGAUGGAUAUGGACGGCUGCAAAGGCCUGAAAUCAGACCAGGCCUCCUUCAAGUCUAUAAAUAAAAGUGAAGCAUUGCCCUUUCCGUACAGGCUGCAGCGUCAGUCCCCUCCAAUACAGGUAAAUCAGAGUUGGGCAUACAGACCUCAGAAUUGUGAUUUGGCAAAUGAAUUGACUCAGCCUUCAGUGAUUCAGACAAAAAGUGUUACAAGCCCCAGUUUCCAGACAAGUCAAAGCAUUUUGUCCUGGGCAGAUAAUGAGGAUAUGACUGAUGAGUUGCUUUGUUGUCUGGCUGAAGAAUUGCUAAUACUUGAAGGAAAAGACAUCAACUGUUCAAGAACAAAAAACACAAGUAUGCAAAAUACGCAUACUAAAGAAGAAGAAAAUAUGAUGACUGGAGAUGGAGCAAUAGUAAAUAGUGUUCUAGAGAAGCAGAGUUACAGUAAAGCCUUUUUGACAUCAAACGAAGAAAAUGAUCCACUAAGCUUUGAGGAACCUACUAAAUUACCAGGAAGCAGUUUAAUUAACAAAGAUCCUAUUAUGUGGACAAGAGGUGAAGUCCUUGGAAAGGGAGCCUAUGGCACGGUAUACUGUGGCCUGACAAGCCAGGGACAGCUAAUAGCUGUAAAACAGCUUGUUUUGGAUACGUCAGAUCAAGUCAGAACAGAAAAGGAGUAUCAGAAGUUUCAUGAGGAAGUGGACCUUUUGAAGACAUUGAAGCAUAUCAAUAUUGUAACUUAUUUGGGAACUUGUCUGGAAGACAACAUUUUAAGCAUCUUCAUGGAGUUCGUUCCUGGUGGCUCAAUUUCUAGUAUUAUUCAUCGUUUUGGUCCAUUGCCAGAAAUGGUUCUUCGUAAAUAUACAAAGCAAAUUCUACAAGGAGUUGCAUACUUACAUGACAAUUGUGUGGUACACAGAGAUAUCAAAGGCAAUAAUGUUAUGCUCAUGCCAAAUGGUAUAGUAAAGCUAAUUGACUUUGGCUGUGCCCGGAGGUUAGCUUGGGUAAGCCUCAGUGGCACACAGAGUGAGAUGCUCAAGUCUGUGCAUGGGACUCCAUACUGGAUGGCACCAGAGGUUAUAAAUGAAUCUGGAUAUGGAAGAAAAUCAGACAUCUGGAGCAUCGGCUGUACUGUGUUUGAGAUGGCAACAGGAAAACCACCACUGGCUUCCAUGGACAGGAUAGCAGCCAUGUUCUAUAUUGGGGCUCACAGAGGACUGAUGCCUUCCCUACCUGAUCGAUUCUCUGUCACUGCAGUGGAUUUUGUGCAUGCAUGCUUAACCAGAGAUCAACAUGAACGCCCUUCUGCUCUGCAGUUGCUGGACCACCCCUUUGUGAAAGGAAGACAGUGAAUUUUUCAAGCCUCUUGCCAAAUGAGUAUGCAUUUUCCAUAUAAAACUAUCCACUUGGGAAAAAAAGAUAAGAAGGAGCUGGACUUCCAAGUGACAACAGAAUUUACUAGAGAGUAAUUGUGCACAAGGAGUCCAUUAUUAGACAGCAGAAUGACUAAAGUAAUAUUUUUUGCAUUGUCUGUGCUCAUUGGAGUGGGUAUUCCUUUCCUGUGAACAUGUUUGUUGUAUUUGGAGAGACUUUAAGAGAGAAAAACCCACGCAUCACCAUGACCAAUAUGUUACAGGCCAGGUAAGAUGGAAUGCCAGUUUGUCUGUAAAAGGCAGUGGAACGUAUGCUACUGGCAGAAAGCACUGCAGACGUUGACAGGUCUUGAGAGAUCUCCUCAAGGAAACUCUACUCACACUUGUAGAUGAGUCAUUAAGUGUGCAUGUGAUGAUCCCACAGGAACCAAAAACCAUAAAACUAUAUUGGCAUUAAAUGCACUGAAGCUUUUAUGUAGCGAGAUGGGUCCUUUAAUUUUUAGCUGGUGAAAAAAAAAUCGACUAGGUUUUGCAUGCAUCUGUCAGUCCUUUGUUACUGAGGUACUGCCACUGAAGUGAUGAUGACU